GCCAGAGCUCAGAAAAAGACAGAGCUUACAGAGCAGAGCACAAAGUAACUGCGGGCAGGGCAUUGCUGCACAGAGCUGAGGCAGCAACAACAACACAAGCCAGCCUUCUUCUCCAGACAACAGGACCUGUGUUUGGGUUGAGCAUGGGACUGCAUGGGUCUAAACACCCUCAUCAGGCUCAGAUUGUGAUGCUGGGCCUGGACGGCUCGGGGAAGUCCACCCUGCUCUACAAGCUCAAGUACAACGAGUCUGUCAUCACCGUGCCCACCGUGGGCUUCAACGUGGAGAUGCUGGAGACGGAGGCGAGGGGUCCGGGGUUGACCGUGUGGGACGUGGGAGGCCAGCAGAGGAUGAGGCCCCACUGGAAGCACCACUACCCAGGCACGGAGGCCCUGGUGUUUGUGGUGGACAGCUGGGACCGCAGGCGUUUGGAUGAGGCAAAGAAAGAGCUCCAUCAGGUGCUGAGGAGCGGGAGUCUAAAAAGCCUUCCUCUGGUGGUGCUGGCCAAUAAGCAGGACCUCCCCGGGGCAGCAAGCCCACAGGAGAUCACCCACAGGUUGGACCUGAGGAGGGUAUGUGGAAACAGGGAUUGGUUUGUCCAGCCGUGCUCUGGGAGGACUGGUGUGGACCUGGAGGAAGGCUUYAGAAGGGUUGCCUAUAUGUUGAAGACUUCACUAAAGCAGACUAAGGCGGAUAUAAAGAACACAGUAAAACAACUGAAACCCAAAGCCAUUACGAUGAUGACCAAGACACAAGGCCUGGGCUGCAGCUAAGACCAGUGAUUAUAAAACCCUAUCGAUGGGUGUAAUAAUCUCCCAUGGAUUAUUUUGUAUUCUUCUUCUGGAUUAUUUUGAGCAGAAUAGCUGAUUUAGAAUGCCCUGUGUUGGAUCAUUCUGACACACUCAUUCUUGAAUAUGGGAACAAGACUCUCCAGAACAAACUUGAGAUCCCAACGUAUCUAACGCCAAAAGCUAUCAUUUUGCACGUUUGUUGAUUGAUGUAUCAAAAACACUUUUGAACAAUGGGAAUUUCUGCAUUUCCUUUUGAUUUUUUUUAUUAUAAAUUAAAAACCACUCAUUGAUAUUGAAGGUGUUACUUUUCAAGGCAGAAAUAUAAACUAUUGAAUAUUUUACAUAGUCAUGACCAGAAUCAGAUGCAAUGCAUUUAGCCUGCACAGUUAUUUUGUAGACUAAUUUAUCUGGAGCAAACAGGGGAAUAAUGCAAGUAUUCAAAUGGACUGAACAACAUCACAAACCCCUAAUGAGAGAGCAAUAUACAACAUUUACAGACUUCUUUAGUUUAGAAAUUACAAGUUUAGACACAGGAGUAGUAGGCUUAUACCAAAUACACUGAUUGAGAUAUCACACUGAUUGAGAUAUCACACUGAUUGAGAGAUAUCAAAAGAGUGUGGGAUCUGUGGAUUAGAAUGAUAAACAUGUCCCAAAACAGUGCUUCCAUAAUGAAAGUAUGUCCCAUAUAUUCCAUUAAAAAAGGUAGAGUUCAAUUGGAACUGGCUU